AUGGCUGACAUUCCGGACGAUGCCCCUGAACACUGUCCAGGGACAGCAAGUGAGGCUGCUGGGAAAGCAGCUGCAUGUCAGGGGUGUCCUAACCAAAAUGUCUGUUCUGUCUUACCAAAAGGACCUGAUCCAGCUGUUGCAGAAAUUAAAGAAAAAUUGUCUUGUGUAAAACACAAGGUUGUUGUUUUAUCUGGAAAAGGUGGAGUUGGAAAAAGUACAUUUACAGCACAUUUAGCCCAUGGGUUAGCAACAGAUCAUACAAAGCAGGUGGGUGUACUAGAUGUGGAUAUAUGUGGGCCAUCAAUUCCCAGGAUCUUAGGCGUCGAGGGAGAACAGGUCCAUCAGAGUAUUGAGCUCUACGUGCAGUAUGUGGACGAUAACCUGUCAGUGAUGUCUAUAGGAUUCCUACUUGGUAGUCCUGAUGAUGCAGUAAUAUGGCGAGGACCAAAGAAAAAUGGCCUGAUCAAACAGUUCCUGAAGGAUGUGGACUGGGGGGAAAUGGACUUCCUCGUCAUAGACACCCCUCCUGGUACCUCUGAUGAACACUUGUCUGUUGCCCAGUACCUGAAGGAAUCACAGAUUGAUGGUGCUGUCAUCAUCACCACUCCUCAGGAAAUGUCAUUGCUGGAUGUCCGAAAAGAGGUGAACUUCUGUAGGAAGGUUGAGAUGCCCAUCAUUGGAGUGGUGGAAAACAUGAGUGGGUUUGUGUGCCCAAAGUGUAAGGGUGAAUCUCAAAUUUUCCCUCCAACAACUGGAGGAGGGGAAAAGAUGGCUGCAGAUAUGGAUGUAAGGUUUCUGGGCAAGCUGCCUCUGGACCUCAGGAUAGGUAAAUGCUGUGAUGAGGGGAAGUCCUUCCUGACUGAAGUACCGGAUUCUCCAGCCACGGAGGCAUAUGUCAAGAUCAUCAAAAAAAUUGUUGACCACUGUGCCCAGUAUGCAGCUAGUAAGGAGGCCGAGACUGGUGAACAGAUGGAAGUCAGUUAAAGAUGAGUGUUGUUAUAUUACAUAUAUAACUGGUAGUAACAGAGGAUCAAAGAGAGGUAUAAAUAUAUAUCUCAGGAAUUCAGAAAUUUCCUGUAUCCAGUCAAGCCAGCCAUUACAUUACCUCUGACUCAGAGUCGAGGGAUUAGUUUGUCACUUCACCAGUUUGUUGGUAUUCUAUUUAACUGUUAUACUGGACUCACGGCCAGAUAAAUGCAGCUCUUUGAUUUUGGUCACUUCCACCAUACAACAAAGCUUAGUAAGGAUAAUCACAGUAAAUUCUGUCUAUAAGAACCACAAAAUGGAGCAAAGAAAAAUGGCCUUUACAGACAGGUGACCUUUAUAUAGAAGUUCAGUUACUACUGUUUGUGUUCGAUUGGGACCUUAAACCAGUGACCUUUAUAUGCAGGCAUUUUUAUAUACAGAAAACCUUUAAGGCAGGUUUGACUGCAUUUAUUAAUGGUAACAUGUAUGAGACCUAUUUUGUUUCUGAACAUGAUUUGAUAUCCUUGUGGCAGAGCUAUAGUUACAUUCAGACAGUUUUUUAGGACAUCAUUGUCAGAAGGAAAGAGUAGAUGAGAUAUAAAGAUAUAACAUAACAAUAGAGGCAGCAGAGUUUGGUUUUUAAGGGUUUCCUUAAACUAUCUAAAGUAAGUCUCCUUAUUCUAUAAAGGGCCUCACAACAUUUUCCUCUUGCAAGAACCUGACAGGGUUUAUAUUUUAAAGAUAAAAUAUCUGUAUAGAAGUUUGUGAUCUUAUUGUAAAUGUUCACCAUCAGAUGGUGUCAGUCAAUGGUAAAUAUCCAUGGACCUUUAACAGUGCUUUCUGUGUCACACAAGUGCCAAAGUGAUCUCCACAGUCACAGCUUCAAACUUGUAUGCAAGGACUUUUAUUUUGAUAUUUUUACAUGUUGAUCAAACUCUUUUUGUACAGUAAACAUAUCAUAAGCAGUAUGGUGUGUAAGAAGUGAGAGGAUCUUUCCGGUUUUACUUCUGUGUUUUGCACCGUGUUCUGGUUCAUAGAAUGAACAGUAUAUUGGUGUUGAUCAGUCAGUAAAUCAUGUUUUGUGAUGUUUUGUACAAAAAGAAUUCUACUGAAACUGAAUGAUGAUCAGUUAUCAGGCAUGUGUAUUGUUACAAAUUGAUUAUUGUGUUUUUUCAUUCUAUGUAUCAAUCAUACAAUCUUUGGUCAAAUAUUUUGGUGUUAUAUACUAUACUUCUCUGUCAAGCUGUGUGUGAGAAAUAUAAAAAUGUAAUAAUAAAAUUAUAAAAAAAAGUGUAUCAACUUUUGUAAUUAUAAACAGAAAAAUCAAAGCAGGAAGAAUAUAGCUUUCUUUUAAAUAUUUGUGUUGUACAUGCUAACAGUUCCAGUUUCAUUGUUGCAGUAUUCACAAAAAAUGCACAGGUAUUCAUGUUUGAUAUGAUACAGAAGUAAGGGAGAUAACUCAGGUCUGGUAAUCAUGUAAUGUAUCCAUCAUUUACUAGUCAAUACUGAAGGUUUACAUGUUUCUCUGCACUUGAUUGAUUUGGAUAUCAAAAUUUUUUUACUUAAUUCAAGUAUUGUCAGAGUACAGACCCUUGAUAUUUCUUAUCGUGAAUAUAUAUACCUUACAUUUGCGAUUUGAUACAAAAAGGAAGCACAUUCUCCUGAUAAAAUGUAUUAGGAUUAUUGCCUACAUGUGAUGCUAGUCAACAGUGAAAUUUCUUAUGUCCAGGAUACCAGAGUAAACUUUAUUCUUAUACAUUGUAUAAUGAGAUAAAUAUGUUCAACUGUUGACAGAUAUUAUAUGAUCAUUACUGUUGUUAUCUGUUAAUAAAUUAGUAGAAAUCAUUUUCUCUGUUUCUAAAUAAUUUUGGCGGUACAUGUAUCAUAUAUUAAUGUAGCCUUCAUAAAGAGAUUUUUUCUGAUAGUUUUAGAAAUAGUUAAUAAAUAUUACUGAACAAUGCAUGUGGAAAAAUUGAAAAUCAAUACAAUGUGAAAUGACAUUCCCUGCCGUAGCAUUGAUAAACAAUGAAUAAUUUAUCAAAACUUAUUGAUAAUAGGUAAAAGAAUAUGUUCAGAUUUGUGGAAUAUUGUUCUCAAACAUGGUUCUUUGUUUAAUGAAGAAAAUUACAGUGCUUUAUAGGUCAUUUUAGGAACUGAUCAGAAUUUGUAUUAACUGAAGUGCUGUAUAAUUAUACAUGACAUUAAAAUAUGAUUUCACUUUCGGGAAGAUGAUUUAAUGUGAAACUGUUAACACUGGCAGUGCAGUGAAAUUUGAGGGGAAGUGGGGUGAGGUAGGAGGAUAGCAAUUUGUAGUUUUUGAGCUAGCAUAUUAUAUGUAAAUUCAACGAAGUUAUUCUAAUUGUGCCCCUCAGACAGCUUCUAUCACCAAAACAUUCUUAUGGUUAUAUAAAAAAAGUGUAUGUACUAAAUUGUGUUUUUUAAGAGUCUGAGAGUAACAAUUGUUGGUAUAUUUAUUUUCUAAUGUUUUGCACUGGUUAGAAAUGUUCUAUAUGAUUGAAACAUUUACAGUAGAAAAAUGUCAAGGAAUUGUUUCUCUCUGAACUUAUGUGAGAAAGUGUUAGAAAGAGUGAGAGGCAUACAUUAUAUUUACUUAGGAAAAAAAAUAUUCUGCAUAACUGGGUUUUCACAAUUAUGUGAAAAUUUUUUUUAGAAAUGUAUUCAGUUGUUGCUAUCUAUGUGGACACGCUUUAGAUAAAUAAAUCAUGUGCCGAUAAUGA